AUGAAGAAGUUGAAGGGUUCAAGAGCAGAUGAGGGGGUUGGGCUUACUUUCUACACUGCUCUCGAAAGUAAAUGUGUAUCAUAUGAGGAACUGGUAAAGGCAGUGAAAAAGAGAACGCUGCUUCUAAAGCAUGCUGAUGAAGAUCGUGCAUUAAAGCAGCGAUCGGGUGCGAAUAUUGCAGACGAUGCGAUUUCGCAUUUUCUGUGUAGGAUGGUGUAUUCUCAGACACAGUGGGCAAGCGCGUGGUUUGUGAAUGCAGAGACGAAUCUUUUUCGUGCAAGACUUACAAACGACAUGCCGGGAGCAAAUGUGUUUUUUUUCAAUGAUAUACUACCUUGCAUGAGCAGGCUGGAUACUUCUAAUGGCGCUUUGUUCGUAGGUGCCAGGAGCAUGUAUGAUCCAGAUUCAAGGCAUGCCCUGGAUGAAACUCCUCAGGACAUUUUUGUGCACUUUACCAAGGUGAUUGAUCUUGUUGGCAAGAGGGCUGUUACACUUGAGAAUGGAUAUGCCAGGCUCGAUGAGCAAGGAAUUCAGUCUGUUCUUGUGAAUGAGUUCAGGAGAUAUUUGGAGAUGAGAAUGUGUGAACUGGAGGGCAUAUUCCAUAAAGAUCCAGAUGAGAGAAUGGGAAAGCUUCUAUCGGAGGUAAUGGCGAGUGCGCCACCAAAACAACAAGAUACUUCUGAAUUUUCGUUACCUACCUCAGAAAGAUAUUUUCCUCUGUGCAUCCAAGGCAUAAUGGCAAAGCUGAAGAGCAACAAGCAUCUGAAGUACAAUGACAGGCAAAUUCUCUGUCUUUUUCUCAAAGACUGCGGAAUGAGCAUUGAUGACUCAGUAGAGUUUUUCCGUAGUUCAUUCAGCAUUGACAAGGACACAUUCAGCAAGGACUACCUGUAUUCAAUAAGGCACAAUUAUGGGCUUGAAGGUAAACGGGCAAAUUAUACAUGUUUCAGCUGUGCAAAGAUGUCAAACACAGUCAAUGAACUGAAAGCAAGCAGCUGCCCGUUUGUUGGAAAUGAGGCAUAUGUAAGGCAGCAGGCUCAAAUGCAUCAGAUUGACAUUGAAGAUGUUAUGAAGGCAGACACGUUUGGAGGCAGGUGCACAAGAUUUCUUGAAAGGUUAGUUUUGCGAAGGCAAGAGAGAACAAUAACAACGCCGGUAAGAUAUUAUUUCGAAUGCCGGGGAGAAAGAGGCAGAAGCUAA